AUGCUGUCCACUGUCCAACAUACACUAGCCGUUCUUUCUUUCUUGGUGAUUUGCGCAAGCUGCCAAGUAACUUCGAAAUGGAACUCACGAUUCAUUGGUUACUACAUCGGUCCUGAUUCUAUCGAGCCACUGUUGGCAGGUGAUGCUUGGAUCACCUCUGGGACCUAUGCAGGUGACUGCAACACCAGUGGUCGCUGUGCAUUAGCGACAAAAUGUUCAGAUAACAAGUUGUAUCUCGAUGAUGGUUCCGUGUGGCCCUGCACCGGAGAAGUGUCAUGCGUUCAGGCCACGAUCUAUGCGACCUCUCCAGCUGGACUCCCAUCUGCGGUUAACUACGGCUGCCGUAUGAACUGGAAAGCUUAUACCAUCUACCGGGAAUUGCCAGCGACGACAACAUCAUUGAGUACCCUUACAUCCUCAGCACCACCCCCGCCUCUGAGUGUGACCUCAACAGAAGUCGUGCCAACACCGACCCUAGUAGUAUCAGCAUCACCAUCAAUCGACGUGUCUACCAGUAGGCUGGAUGUGAUGCAAGCUACCCCUAAUCCUGAAUCUGAACUUCGAUCUGGACCUGAACCUGAACGACAAAACAAGACAUGGAUAGCAGGCGCCGUUAUUGGGCCGGUCAUUGGAAUUGCACUCCUGGUCGUAGCAAUUUACUUGUGGAGAAGCAGCGGAAGAGCCAGACAGAUGGACAAGUCUGUUGUCGAAUUGGACGGAGAGAGCAAUAGUUACUCGCAUUUGCAGCAAUACCAUGAAAAGGAUACAGAAGGACAACUGGUCGAGCUGUCAAGCGCACGACAUCCUGUUGAAUUGUCAAGCUCACAACACCCUGUUGAGUUGGAAGCCAACGGACCUCGAUAA